AUGGACGUGAAUACCCAUCCGGAUAUCGUCAUUGAUACUCACACACCACAUUUCUCAUGGCAAUUAGCUAAUGAAUAUGAUGAUGGUGGACAUUUGGUCAGAGGAAUACAGCAAGUGGGUUAUCACAUUCUGGUGCACGAUGCCGUCACUAGUCAACUGAUGUGGAACAGUGACUACGUAAGUUCUUCGUCCUGUUCACAUAUUCUCUAUGCAGGUGCACGAUUCACUUCUGAUACGCGCUACACAGUGACGAUCAGAUACUACACAACAGAACAUGAAAGUCAAUGGUACACGGCGAAUUUUCGUACUGCACUCUUUUCACUCAACGACUGGACGGGUCAAUGGAUUGGUAGUGAUGAAAUUAACAUGAAUCAGUUACGUACUGUUGUCAAUCUAAAAUCGAUCACAAUUCAGUCUGCUACUGUUUUCAUUAGUGGUAUUGGUUAUUAUCAGUUGUAUAUUGAAGGUCAAUUAAUUGAUCCGUCACGACGCCUAGAUGUUGGUUGGACUACAUACCAACAACGUACACUCUAUGCUUCGUAUGAUCUCAUUAAAGUAAUAAACACUACUUCACAACAGAUUGGUAUUGGGAUCGUGUUGGGACAAGGUUGGUACAAUCGACAACAAUGGGCUAUUUCGCUUGGUGCACACACUGUACUCGCUGAGAAAUAUGGUCCACCUCGUGCAUUGAUGCAAUUGAAUAUUCAGUAUGUCGAUGGUUCUGUUCAGUCGAUUGUCACCGAUUCUUCAUGGCUAGGCCGAGAAGGCGAGCAUCGCUUUGAUUCUGUGUACAUGGGCACGACAAUGGAUCUUCGAGCAACACUUCCUUGUUGGUCAUGUGUCAAUUUCACUAAGUCCAACUCAUUGUGGAUUAAUGCUUCUACAUUGUCAUCGCCGGUAAAUUUCACAGCUGGUGGUCAAUUCUCAUUGCAAACUAUGGAUCCUAUUCGUAUCGGUCCUGAUGCAUUGCAUAUUGCAACUUCAGGUCACUCGGAUCUGCUCGCAGGAGUUCAGGGUGCUAGUCUUACCGAUGGCGGUGUACUCAAGCCUAUCUCCCAAGAUUUCGUCAAUGGUCAAGUAUUCGAUCUUGGUCAAAAUUUCGCCGGUUGGUGUAAAUUAUCCUCAUUGAAUGCAACCAAAUCCACUGCCAUUCAAUUGCGUUAUGCAGAACUACGAUACUCACGGGGUGAAAAUGGCAUUGAUUUUGCCGGAUUGUAUUAUGAAAAUUUGGAUAGUAUUGCUGUGAUGGAUACAGUAAUCUUGAAUGGAACAGGCAAUGAAACGUUCGAGCCUCUGUUUACUAGUCAUGGUUUUCGCUAUUUAUUAGUGAAUGGUUAUAACAACAUCAAUCAGAAUGAUGUUGAAUGUUACAAUGCUCAUAGCGAGACAACAUUGAUCGGUAAUUUUAGUAGUAGUAGUAUUGUUUUGAACCAGAUUCAGCAUAAUAUUCUCUGGUCUCAGCUAAGCAAUGCCAUGUCAUUACCCAAUGGUUGUCCUCAGCGAAAUGAUCGAACAGGAUGGAUGGGCGAUGCCGGACUCAGUGUCGACGAAGCAUUGUAUAAUUUUGAUUAUGUCAAUUUCUAUUUGAAUUUUCUGACUAUGAUCAAGGACAAUCAAACGCCUGAUGGCGCUGUCAGUGAUACGGUACCAUUCAUGACAGGUUUCAUUCCUGCUGAUCCAAACUGGGGCACAGCGUAUGUGAUCAUUACUUGGUAUUUGUAUGAACAUACAGGUGAUGUCACCAUCAUUGAAAAAUAUUAUACAGGUAUUCAAGCGUGGAUCGAUUUUUUGAUUAGUGAGUACAAAAAAAGUGGAUUGGCAAACAUAUAUUAUCAUUGGGGUGAUUGGGCACCAGUGCAACAAGUCAAAAAUAAUUCACUGGUAUCCUCUUAUGCCUUUCUACACGAUGUGUACACAUUCAUCAGUAUGAGUGAAUUAUUGAAUCGAACCGAUAAUGUCCAGAAGUAUUCACAAGUAUAUCAACAGUUGACUGAAGAAUGGCAUCAUGUUUUCUAUAAUUCAACGGUCAAUGGGUAUGCGGAUGGAAGUCAAUCGGCAAACGUAUUGUCCUUGGCUUUAUCCAAUGUUGUACCCGAAUCACUUCGUCCUACUGUACUCAAUUCAUUGGUCAACAGUAUUGUCAACAUCGAUUAUUUUACUGGAGGUAUUAUCAGUGUAGCAGCCGUGUAUCCUCUUCUCUCCAAGGAAGGAUAUCAUGAUCUUGCUUUGAGACUUGCUCUAUCGACCUCCUAUCCAUCCUAUGGCUACAUGUUUAACAAUCCUAUUCAAAAUGCUACAACUACAUGGGAACAAUGGAAUAGUUUGCCGACGAAAGCCAGGUCAUCGUUGAAUCAUCAUAUGUUUAACAGUAUUGGUGCAUGGUUCUAUCGAUAUUUGGCAGGUAUUGAGUUGAAUGCAUUGAACACAAUCACUAUUCAUCCAAGAAUGUUCUAUACUGCUGACCUCUUGAACUACAUCGAAGCAGAAGUAGUGACCAUCAAGGGAAAAGUUCGAGUGCAAUGGACGCGAAUAUCAGUUGACUCCAUGGUAUUGUCAGUAGCCAUACCAAACAAUAUGAAUGCAAAUGUCUUAUUUGACCCAUUGAUCAAGAAAGGUCAAUGUCUGAAACUCAUGUGUGAUGGUGAAAUAUUUUCGAUGCGACAAUAUCAAAAUGAUGAAUUGCGAUUGAUUACAGAUGUGCGUGGAGUUAGUGAUUUGACUGAAAAUCACAUAACAGGUACUAUCUCAGUGAGAAUUGCUAAUGCAAUGAGUUUUAUUGCUAGUAAAUCAAUUGUACAUGGUGAUUUAGGUUGUCGAAAUGUUCUUGUAUUUAAAUUAGAUCCAAAUCAACCAAAAAAUAAUUUAGUUAAAAUAACUGACUUUGGUCUUGCACGUUCACUUAAGAUUUCAUCUAUAUCGAAGAAUUAUUCUAUUAUUCCAAAAAGAUAUUGUGCAUUAGAAAUACUUCGAAAUAAUGAUCAAUCAAGUUAUACAGAAAAAUCAGAUGUUUAUUCAAUGGGUGUUUUAAUGUGGGAAGCGUUAUCAAAUAGUGAAAUUCCUUAUUCAUAUAUUGCUGAUGAUAAUCGAGUAGUACAAGUAAAAUUAGAUAGUGAAAGAUUAAAUCGACCACCUAUUUGUGAUCGUCAACUUUGGUCUCUUAUGGAAUCUUGUUGGGAAAAUGAUCGAGAAUGGCGACCAACUUUUGAAGAUAUCAAAGAUAUAUUAUCUGUCAUUAAACCUUCUGAAGUCUCAGAUGUUCCAACAUCUAUUUUAUCAUACGAACCACCGAUAGGCUACACUUUUAAACUUAAUGUUGAUGUGACAAGAAACGGUUUAUUAGGUGGAAGAUUUCGCAAAAUCUAUGAAGCACAAUGGAUAUCAAGCAGGCAAGAAUCAAUUGUUUUGAUUGAAAUGGAUAAAGCACCAACAAAAUACGAAGUAUCAUGCUACACAGACUUCAAUAAUUGUCGACAUCUAAUAAACACAUUCGGAUUUGUUGAAAAUAAUUUUGGAUCGAUUAUGUUACUACAAGAACGAGCACCACACGGUCAUCUUCAAGAAUUAUUAAAAAACAAUACAUUCAAACCAUCAUCAAUGGUACUCAUUGAUAUUUUUUUACAGAUUAUUGAUGCAAUGAUUUACAUCAUUAGCAAAGGCAUGAUACAUGGUGAUUUACGUUGUUCGAAUGUUCUUGUCUUUCAAAUGAAUUCAUCUAAACCUGAAGAAAAUUUGAUUAAACUAACGAACUUUGCUUUCGCACGACCGAAUGAACCAUCAUUAUCAGAUGAUAGACGAGUAACUAUUCCAGUGGAAUAUUGUGCACCUGAAAUUCUUCGAAGUGCAGGUCGAUUAAAUUAUUCUGAAUUAUCCGAUGUUUAUUCCAUGGGAGUAUUAAUGUGGGAAGCUUGUUCACAAGGAAGACUUCCUUAUGACUAUUUAAUAUCUAACAAAGAAGUUCGACAGAAAAAGUUAAAUGGUGAGAAAUUACCUAGACCAUGGAUAUUUGAUAGACAAAUCUGGCCUAUUAUUAAAAGUUGUUGGUAUAAUGAGCCACAAUUACGAGACGAUUUUAAAGUUAUAAAAACACAACUUUCUAGUAUCAAUAUUGAGUCACAAUUUCAAUAUGAACUAAAUGUUGAUGUCAAAAUAACCAAUCAAUUGCAAAGUAGACAUGGACAAAUAUUUUAUAACGCAGAAUGGAUAAGAAAGAAAAAAACACCGAUUAUAUUAAUUGUAUUAAGUACAGAAACAGCAGAACAUGAAGCUUCAUUUUAUAUUGAACUUAGUUCUUAUAAAUACAUUAUUCAUACUUUUGGUUUAGUAAAAAAUGAUCUUCGAUCGACAAUGUUAAUACAAGAACGUGCUCCAUUUGGUAAUCUACUAACAUUAUUACAAAGUCAACGUUUUAAACCAUCAUCAAAGGUACUCAUUACUAUUUUCUCACAAGUUGCUGAUGCUAUGAUUUAUAUUAUUAAUCAAGAUAUUAUACAUGGUGAUUUACGUUGUGCCAAUGUUUUAGUCUUUCAAAUGGAUCCAUUUGAAGCAAAAGAAAAUCUAGUUAAACUAACAAAUUUUUCUCUAACUUGUACAAAUGAUCCAUCGUGUAAAAACAAUAGACAGACAUCUAUUUCAAUUCGAUAUGCUGCACCAGAGAUUGUCGAAAGUGCAGGUCAAUCAAAUUAUUCUGAUUUAUCUGAUGUUUAUUCAAUGGGUGUUUUAAUGUGGGAAGCUUGCUCACAAGGAGAAGUAUCAUAUGGAAAUGAUACAAGUGAUAAUGAUAUUCAACGACGAAAGUUGAAUGGUGAAAAAUUACCAAUGCCAAAGGAAUGUGAUAGACAAAUAUGGGAUAUUAUAGAAGAUUGUUGGUAUAAUGAGCCACAAUUACGAUACAAUUUUAAUGACAUGAAGAAGCGUUUGUCUGAUUUUAACGAUGAGCUAUUAGAAACUUAUAAGUAUCAAUUGAACGUUAAUGUCAGACAGAAGAAUCCACUCAAUGGUCAUUUUGGUAGAUUUUAUGAGGCGGAUUGGAUACCAAAAAGAAAACCAUCAAUUAUUUUAAUAAUUAUGAAUAAACAAACAGCAGAACGUGAAGCUUCAUGGUAUUUGACGCUCAACUCUCAUUCUCAUAUUAUACAUACUUUUGGUUUCGUUAAAAAUAAUGAUCGAUUGCGUAUGUUACUGCAAGAACGUGCUACACAUGGCAAUCUUCAAAUAUUAUUACAAAAUAAACGUUUCGAACCAUCAACUGAAGUUCUCAUUGGAAUAUUCUUACAGAUUCUGGAUGCCAUGAUUUACAUAGGUAGCCAAGAUGUUGUACUAAGUAAUUUAUGUUGUUCAAAUGUUCUCGUCUUUCGAAUGGAACCCAUAAAUUCAUCAGCAAAUCUGGUUAAACUAACUAAUUUUAGUAUGGCACGUAGAAAAAAUUCUUCAUAUGCAGAUAACAUACAAACAGCCAUUUCAGUACGAUAUUGUGCUCCUGAAAUUCUCAAGAGCACAGAUCAAUCAAAUUAUUCUGAAGCAUCCGAUGUAUAUUCAUUUGGUGUUUUAAUGUGGGAAGCUUGUUCACAAGGAAAAGUACCUUAUGGAAGAGAUACAAGUGAUGAUAAUAUUCGACAAAGAAGACUAAAUGAUGAGCAAUUAUCACCACCAAAUCCUUGUAACAAUCAACUAUGGACUAUAAUAGAAUUUUGCUUGUAUAGGACAUCGGAAAUGCGUGACACUAUGGAAUAG